AUGGCACAACCGGCAGGCGGUCCCUCGUCGCAUCCUCGGCCGCCACCAGCGCCGCAGCAGCCAUCGUCGGGAUGGCUCCGCUCCAUCGAUGCCGUCUACGACCUCUUUGAGCGCCCCGAGAUCGCAGCACAGGCGCCACACCUCUCGGAAAAGGUCAGGACUGCAGUGCGCCUCUGCGAAGACGUGAUCAGGGAGGUGGGAUGGCACCGAUGCGCCCUCAGCUUCAACGGCGGAAAGGACUGCACCGUGCUCGUACACAUCCUCGCGGCCGUCCAAAGACGCCUCUUGUCGCUCUCAUCGAGCACCAGCAGCAGCAGCAGCAACAGUACGGCCUCGCGCGUCCAACCCGACCCUCAGCCCUCGUCGCCAACCUACGCACUGCCCCCCAUCCAGAGCCUGUACAUCACCUGCCCCUCUCCCUUUCCCACAGUGGAAAAGUUCAUCGCCUUUUCCGCCUCGCCCACCCACGGCUACAACCUCGACCUCGUCACCGUACCCGGCGGCAUGAAGGAGGGGCUACGCACCUACCUCGAAGGCGGCGGGAGCACCCAGAUUGGGUGCAACGGCGCCGAUGUCGAUGCCGAGACACAGGCGCAGGCGCAGCGGCAAGGGGAGGGCGGGCCAAGACCGAAGCGGGACAUCCAGUGCGUCUUUAUCGGUACCCGCCGCGACGACCCGCAUGGACCCUCGCUCUCGGCGCGCUCCUGGACCGAUGCAGACUGGCCGCGCGUCGAGCGCAUCCACCCGAUCCUGACGUGGGAGUACAAGGACGUGUGGGACUUUUUGCGCUGUCGACACCUCGCCGACCCGCAGGCUGCUGUCGACCACGACGCGCUGGCGAGCACGUACGGCGUCGCGGGUGGCGGCGACGAGGGCGUACCGUACUGCCUGCUGUACGAGCAGGGCUACACCUCGUUGGGAUCGACGUACAACACCCAUCCCAACCCCGUCCUGCGACUCGACGAUUCCGCCACGGCCCAGACGUCGGAUCGGCAUCCCGUCGUCGUCGGCGAUGGGACGGCGAGCGGCAGGUGGAAACCGGCCUACAUGCUCCAGGACGGAAGCCUCGAGCGCGCCGGCCGCGAAGGUUCGUCGGCGGCGUCGUCGUCGUCGUCCAAGUUGGCAGAGCGGCCGGUUGCAUAG